GGGUCUUUCUCUUUCCCGCUGCAUUCCUUCUUCGUCCCGAUUCGCUACCACGCAGCGCCGAGAGGUCCCAAAUUCCAACCGCCGUUUUUCCGUCAAAAACUCGCAGCAUAAGCGAUGGAAAACAAACCUUCCGGUUCUUCGCCGACAAGCUUCCUCGAUCAGUUAGUCGUACCAGGGGACGUGGUUCUGGAUCUCUCAAACAUGACCAACCAAACCAUUAAGCUCGGCGGUGGUCUCCGUCAGGACUGUGAUUCUAUUGUCGUCAUGAAGGCUGGGAAGCUUAGGUUCACAAAGCCAAACAAAUAUUGGGUCGAGGGCUCCCACAAAAGGUAUGAGCCUCAUGCAGGGGAUUCUGUUCUUGGAAUUGUGGUAGACUCUAAAGCAGAUAACUUCCUUGUUGACAUAAAAGGACCUGCAUUGGCAUUUUUGCCCGUGCUAGCGUUUGAAGGAGGAACAAGGAGAAACAUACCAAAGUUUGAGGUAGGUACUUUGCUCUACGUUCGGGUUGUGAAGGCAAACCCUGGCAUGAAUCCAGAGCUCUCAUGCACUGAUGCCAGUGGAAAAGCAGCAGACUUUGGCCAGCUUAAAGAUGGCUACAUGUUUGAAUCUUCAACUGGUCUAUCAAGAACGCUCCUGAGCUCACCGACAUGUCCAGUUCUCGAGGCUCUAGGGAAGAAGCUUUCCUUUGAGAUAGCAGUCGGAUUAAAUGGCCGUGUUUGGGUCAAUGCCACCACUCCAUCCACAAUCAUUGUUGUUGCUAAUGCAAUUAUGAACUCAGAAUCUUUGAGUGGGGUGCAGCAGAGAAUUAUGGUGGAGAAAUUGCUUCAGAAUUUAAAGUUAUCAAAAUGAUAAAAAGAAAUACAUGCUUCCUGGCUGUCAAAUUUACUGACUGUAUUUUUCUACGUGAGGAGCAUGGUCACGUGGGGUUACAAAUACAACAAAUUCUCACACAAGGUGAUGCUCACUUAAGCUUAGGCACGGGCCUUUCUGUUCAUUCUGCCCUCGUCGCAGAAUCCCCAUAUGACAUGUGUUUGUCAAUUCCAAUGCGGUUGUAUUUUUUGUUUGCUAUUUUUACAACUUAUUAAAUUUUCGAUUCUGCUUUUUUGGGGUUGAUCUGUGCCUCUCCUAAGGGCAGUCUCCAUCAAAAAGUUGGCUGCAUUUUUUAAGCGUUUUGGACCUUUGGUACUUGGAUUCAGUUCUGCCCUAAUUUUUGUAACAGCAGUCUUCCUCUUCUCUGCUAUUGUGUUCCUUUUAUAUAUAUAUAUAAACUGGGGGUACUUUUGGGUAUA